CCUAUGAACGACCGUUUGUCGGUUCCUUUUGUCCAAGUGGUCUGCCGCUGUGAAAUAUAUCUUCGCAUAAGUGCAUCGGUGUUUCGGGUGAGUCAUCACAGUCAGUAGGGGAACAGUCUAAAGAAAACCAGGCGUCUACAUACCUGACCUGUUGGUGAAGAUUUACCUGUAGCUUCGUCUGCAUCUUCAGAUACAACGCCAGGUGUUUGAGAGGCGUUGUUUCUAGCAACAACUUCAACAUCAUACACUGACGCCAACAACGACGAUGUCUUUCCGGAGCUUCAACUUCAGUUCCACUCGAAUAGUGAGAAGUCGGUUCAGCGAAUCAUGGUACUCCUUUGGGAGAACACGGCCCACUAUGCUGGAACUCGACAGCCACUUCCGGAACAGGUGGAGAGACGACCUGGGGGAAAGGGAGAUAACCACGAGGCACCAAGAAAGCUUUGGUCAGGAUGUGGCAGGAGACAAGGAAAGGGUGGAUGAACGAUCGGAGAUUACAGGAGACGAUUUGGCCUCAAAACUGCACGUGACCAACCUUGACCUUAACAUAUCGGAGAACACCAAGCAGCACCACACAGACAUGUAUGAGUGCACAGAGGUCAGGGGUCAUAAGGGAGCCGAGCUGGUGGUCAGGAGAGGUCAGACCUUCUUCAUCACCAUCACCUUCGACAGACCUUACGACAUCGCCAGGAACGACAUCACGCUUUUGUUCAGCUUAGCGUCUGGAGAAAAUGACAGCACAGUCGAGGAGCUCUUCAGGGUGACGGAAGACGAAGACACGUCCUAUAAGCCACGCAAAUGGGGCGCCACCGUCGUCAAGAAGGGAGAGGAUGUGGUGUAUCUGCCUGACCCAGAGUGGCUAGCGGAGGCUGUGGAAAACGACUCAGGAGUGUUGUACCAGGGAGAUUACUUUAACAUUAACGGCAAGCCCUGGUACUUCGGUCAGUUUGAAGACGGCAUCCUGCACGCCGCUCUCCAUCUUCUCAGGAAAGGCUUCAACUUCAAGAUGACACGAGCCAUGGGGAACGCCUGCAAGGUUGCCAGGAUGCUCUCCAAGAUAGUGAGUACUCACGCCAGUGACCAUGGAUUAUUCCAUAUUCUUACUUCAUUUGUCUAG